AUGGCGAUUGAACUCGAUAACUUUCGUGCUGUUUUUGGGUUUGCGCAGGAGCAUAAUGAAUGGCUCCUGUUCGGGCAACUUGCUGUCGCUCUCUCGGAGUUUUUCUAUAUACACGGGUUAUGGAAUGAAGGGUUGGAAUGGCUGAAACAAGCAGAGACCGAAUUGCACCAGCGACUCGGCGAACAUCAAGGAUUAGAGGACACGUCUGAAACGGACGAAAUGUCGUUCCAGCUGACAAUAGCAGAGCUUCGAGUGGCUCUGGCAAAAUUCUAUAAUGAACGACAGGAAUGUGAAACUGCUCGACAAUUAUGCGAAAACGCCUUACAAGUCUUCAGAACAAUAGGGCAGCAACUCGGUGUCGUCAAGGCAUUAAAUUGUCUCGGCAUUAUCGCAAGGUAUCAAAAAAAACUUGAAGAGGCGGAUACACACUUUACCGAAGCCUUAGAGAUCGCGAAGGUAUUAGGCGACAAAUCGCAUAUCGCUUUCGCGCUAAACAAUCUGGGACUCACAGCAUAUAAUCGUCGCCGUUUUGAAGAGGCGAAACUGCGUUAUACCGAAAGCCUGCGCCUCGCGCGUGAACUUGGAGACAAACAGGGUAUUGCCUACGCCCUCAAUAAUCUGGGGAAAACCGCAAACCAGCAAGGUUUACGAGAGGAAGCGAGGCACCACUAUACAGAAAGUCUACGUCUCACUCGUGACCUCUCCACUUCCAACGCCGGGCUUCCGUAUCUACUGGAUAGCCUUGGCAAGGUAGCACUUCGUCACGGUAAACACGAGGAAGCAAGGCACUACUAUACAGAAAGUCUGGCGUACCGCAAAGAGAACGGAAAUCCCCGUGAGAUCGCAGACUCGCUCUAUCAAUUCGGACAGUUAGUUCACGCGGAAGGCGAAUUUGAACAGAGUUUGUGCCUCUUUCUUAAGGUCGCGUCAAUCUACGCCGAAAUAGGCGCGGCAACGCCGUUUUAUGUAGAUGCAGUGAAUAACACUAUCGAUGCAUUAGCGGUAGAACUCGGCAGCGAAAAAGUUGACAGACUCAAAUUAGAGAUGGAAACGCGAACACUUGAGGAGAUAGUUAACACGUGUCUAUCCUGA